AGUGUGAGAGAGAGACAGAAAGGUCUUCCUUUGCCGUUGGUUCACCCUCCAAUGGCCGCCGCACUGCGGCAGGCGCACCACGCUGAUCCGAUGGCAGGAGCCAGGUACUUAUCCUGGUCUCCCAUGGGGUGCAGGGCCCAAGUCAUAAGCCAUCCUCCACUGCACUCCCUGGCCACAGCGGAGAGCUGGCCUGGAAGAGGGGCAACUGGGACAGAAUCCGGCGCCCCGACCGGGACUAGAACCUGGUGUGCCGGCGCCGCAAGGUGGAGGAUUAGCCUAGUGAGCCGCGGCGCCGGCCCCUGCUGCCUUUCUUGAAAGUCUUCAUAGUUGAAUAAGGAGUUGCCCAUUUUCAUUUUGCACUGGACGCCUGCAAAUCACGACAAGCCAGUGUGGCCCGCUGUCGCUAAUGGCCAUGGCCAGGGCUUAGAGUUCUGGGCAUGGAGCCCACGCCCCGCCUGCCUGCAGGAUUUGUUGAGUGGUGUUGCAGCCCGGUCAGCAGAGGCCGGGGCUUGGUCCCUGCUUUGCAUUCUUUGGUCCUGUAACUGCAGUGUCAGCGAAUUCCGGUUCCAGGAUGCCAUGGGCAACUCCUUGGGCACUUUUUCCUUUCCUGGAAAGGUUACCUUGUGAUCCUAAAGGAAGGAAGAGUUGCCAUGACUGCAGCUUAGUAACUUGCAGAGUUAGUGACACAUUGUUGCACAGAUGUGUCCAUUUGAAGAAAACAACCUCUGACUUCUACAGAUGAUUCAUCUGUUUGGAGACAGUGUUUCCCAUGGUAGAAGUAAGGGGAUGCUGUCCUUUUUUAUUUUAUUUUUUUUAAAUACUGUUCACGGGUCUUCCUCGUUUCUUACUGGCACGAGACAGGCACCUGUCUGGGCAGGGGCCAUUCAUCCUCCAGUGUGGAACUCCCGCCAGGUAAGAGCAUCAGUGUGCUCUAGUCUACUGUCCCCCCAAGACUGGCACAGUGACCUGGCAGGUGCAUUUUGCACUUCCCACUGUGCCUCCCUCUCUGAUUUUUUUCCCCUGCUCUUGGUUUUUGUUCCUGCCAGAGACAAUGCUGACCUCAGCUACUCUCCUUUUUAAAGAUUUGUUUGUUUGUUUGAAAUGCAGAGAUUGGGGGAGAGAUCUCCCAUCCACUGAUUCACUCCCCAAAGGGCUGCAAGGGUGAGGGCUGGUCCAGGCUGAAGCCAGGAGGCAGGAGCUUCCAGGUCUCCCACAUGGGUGCAGGGGCCAUCCUCCGCUACUUUCCCAGGUGCAUUAGCAGGGAGCUGGAUCAGAAGUGGAGCAGCUGAGACACCAACCUGCGCCCAUAUGGAUAUAGAAGUUUAACCUCCUAUACCACAUUGCCGGCCACUCAGUUGCUCUCUUGAUUUUCAUUUUCUUUGUGCCUCCUUUGUCUCUCUCAAGUUGUGUGGUAUGUUAUAUAUUACAAAAAUCAAUUAGGAUUUUCCAAACCUAUACUGUGAAUGAGAGACUCACACGUCAUUGGGUGUGACUGUGAAGUCACAUACACUUUGAGCCUCUUUUGUGUGCCAGGUGUUAGUGCCUCCUUGGGGGCACUUGACAAUUUGAUGGGAAGACUGUGAUCUGUGAUUAGCUUUUUUUUUUUUUUACAGUUUUAUUUAUUUAUUUAAGAGGUAGAGUUACAGACAGUGAGAAGGAGAGACAGAAAGAAAGGUCUUCGUUCCAUUGGUUCACUCUCCAAAUGGCUGCAAUGGCCAGAGCUGCGCUGAUCCGAAGCCAGAAGCCAGGUGCUUCUUUCUGGUCUCCCAUAUGGGUGCAGGGGCCCAAGCACUUGGGCAUCUUCUACUGCUUUCCCGGCCAUAGCAGAGAGCUGGAUUGGAAAAGGGGCACCUGGGACUAGAACUGGCACCCAUAUGGGAUGCCAGCACCACAGGAAGAGGAUUAACCUUCUGCACCACAGAGCUGGCCCCUGUGAUUAGCUUUAACCAUUGCUUUUAACCAAAAAAAAAUGGGAUUUUAUUUGGCUUCUGUUAAACCUGGAACAAUCUGGACAUGUGGGCUUAACUCCAAAAAUCCAAGGCUUUAUUGCAGUUGCAUUUGAGGUUUAACUAUGUGGACCAUUCCUGCCAAGUGCUCAUCUCUCUGAUGAUGGCUAUAAAAUAGAAGUCAAGUGCUUACUCUAUUGUUUCUCUGAAUUCCUAAUUUAGUAGUCUGAUGUGCAGUCAAUGUGAUUGUCAUUUUGUCCAGUUUAACCAUUCCCAUCAAUUGUAAGAAAAUGAAAUUAAAAGAUAAGUUUGUUUUGGUAAGAAGUUUGGCACUUCUGAUAGCUUUGUUAUACUGUGCAUUUGAAGACCCCUCCUAAGUGCAGAUUUCAAAACAAAAAUUUUACACUAAAAUAAACUUAGUUCUGUUUUCCACAAACUUUUUAACAUAGCCUCAUAAGAAAAUGUAUAAUGAACUUAAAGUGAUUUAUGUUAGGGUCUAUUUGAAACAGUUAAUGUCACAGAAAAGGCACUCGUUAAUGCUUAAGCCAUUGGGGGGAGUUGGAGACUUUUGGUGUUUUGCUGCUGUUGUUUUAAGAUUUAUUUUUAAGGCAGAGUCUGAGAGAGGGAGAAACAGAGAGAGAAAGAGGUCUUCCGUCUGCUGGUUUACUCUCCAGUGGGCUGCAGUAGCCGAGCAAUGUCUAUGCAGUUUAAGCCUGCCACUCAUUCUCCCAGGCUUUCCCAUCUAGAAGAAUCCUUUAACUUUGCAGUCAGUGAAACAACUAAUUGCAGAAGGAGAUAAAGAAGAACUGCAAAGAUGUUUUGGGGCCCGCAUGGAGUUUGGGACAGCUGGCCUGCGGGCGCCUAUGGGCGCAGGAAUUUCUCGUAUGAAUGACUUGACCAUCAUCCAGACUACGCAGGGCUUUUGCAGAUACCUGGAAAAACAGUUCAGUGACCUGAAGCAGAGAGGUGUUGUGAUCAGCUUUGAUGCACGAGCUCACCCACCCAGUGGAGGCAGCAGCAGAAGGUUUGCCCGACUUGCUGCAACCACAUUUAUCAGCCAAGGGGUUCCUGUGCACCUCUUUUCCGACAUUACCCCAACCCCCUUUGUGCCAUACGCAGUAGCACAUCUGAAACUUUGUGCUGGAGUCAUGAUCACCGCCUCUCACAAUCCAAAGCAGGAUAAUGGUUAUAAGGUCUAUUGGGAUAAUGGAGCCCAGAUCAUCUCUCCACAUGAUAAAGGGAUUUCUCAAGCUAUUGAAGAAAAUCUGGAGCCAUGGCCUCAAGCGUGGGAUGAUUCCUUAAUCGAUGUCAGUCCGCUUCUUCAUGACCCAAUGACUUCCAUCAACAGUGCCUACUUUGAAGACCUUAAAAAAUACUGCUUUCACAGGAACAUCAACAGGGAGACCACAGUAAAGUUUGUGCACACCUCCGUCCACGGCGUGGGUCACGCCUUCGUGCAGUCGGCUUUCAAGGCUUUUGACCUUGUGCCCCCUGAGGCUGUUCCGGAGCAGAAAGAUCCUGAUCCUGAGUUUCCCACCGUGAAAUACCCAAAUCCUGAAGAGGGUCAAGGGGUCUUGACUUUAUCCUUUGCUUUGGCUGACAAAACCAAGGCCAAAAUCGUUUUAGCAAAUGACCCAGAUGCUGACAGACUGGCUGUGGCGGAGAAGCAAGACAGUGGUGAAUGGAGAGUGUUUUCAGGCAAUGAGCUGGGGGCCCUCCUGGGCUGGUGGCUGUUUACUUCUUGGAAAGAGAAGAAGCAAGAUCACAGUGCCCUCAAAGACACGUACAUGCUGUCCAGCACCGUGUCCUCCAAAAUCCUGAGGGCCAUUGCCUUGAAGGAGGGUUUUCAUUUCGAGGAAACACUCACUGGCUUUAAGUGGAUGGGAAACAGAGCCAAGCAGCUAGCAGACCAGGGGAAAACUGUGUUAUUUGCAUUUGAAGAAGCUAUCGGAUACAUGUGCUGCCCUUUUGUUCUGGACAAGGAUGGAGUCAGUGCCGCUGUCAUAAGCGCAGAGCUGGCCAGCUUUCUAGCAACCAAGAAUUUGUCUUUGUCUCAGCAGCUAAAAGCCAUCUAUGUGGAGUAUGGCUACCAUAUUACAAAAGCUUCAUAUUUUAUCUGCCAUGAUCCAGGCACCAUUAAAAAAUUAUUUGAAAACCUUAGAAACUAUGAUGGGAAGAAUAAUUAUCCAAAAACUUGUGGCAAAUUUGAAAUUUCUGCCAUUAGGGACCUUACGACUGGCUAUGAUGAUAGCCAAUCUGAUAAAAAAGCUGUCCUUCCGACCAGCAAAAGCAGCCAAAUGAUCACCUUUACCUUUGCUAAUGGAGGCGUGGCCACCAUGAGGACCAGCGGGACAGAACCCAAAAUCAAGUACUACGCAGAGCUGUGCGCCCCUCCUGGAAACAGUGACCCAGAGCAGUUGAAGAAAGAACUAAAUGAACUAGUCGACGCCAUUGAAGAACAUUUUUUCCAGCCACAAAAGUAUAAUCUGCAGCCAAAGGCAGAAUAAACUAUUCCAGCCUUGGGCAUAAGUACAUUUAUCUCCAAUCAAGCACAACCUGAUAAGGAGUAGUUUUGAGGGCUGAAUGAUUCAAAUUAUCACUAUUAGUAUUUAUAUCUUUUAGACAGAUCUGUAUUACUCAUUGUCUUAGUUUGAUCUUUAAGGUUAAUAAAAGAGCAAAACCUAACAAACCAACAUUCCUUUAAAAAUGUUGAGCAAGGACUUAUCUGAAUUUUUCAAAAUAACUUUCAAAAAUAGGUCAAAUUAAUAUGCCUUAACUUACGUAAAUGGCUGUCUUCCCUGUAGCUCUUCUUCUGUAUAGUUGAGAUAGAAAAUCUGUAUGAUUACUAAACUCCGAACUGUCAUGUGUAGGAUUGCCACGUUUUAGGUAUAUUUACUUUGCUGUUUCCAUCAGUUCCUUAGGAGCCAAAAGAAAUGAACAGAUCAAAUGUGUUCAUGUUCAGGGAAAAGGUAGUUCCUAGGAACAUGUAAAGUGGAGCAAAAGAUAAUUUAAAACAGUAACUCUGAGCUCUAACGUUUUGUUCUAAUCAUAUGCCACUGUGCGCUACACAUGUGGUAGGAGAAGCAGCUUCACUGCGGUUUACUUGUUGAUACUCAUUUUCUCUCUUUAAAUCUUGGGAACCAAACAGUGAUUUGUAGUUCGGGAAGUCGUUUAUCUGUUCAGUUUUUUUGCUUAAGCACAAUGUAGUGUAGUUCUCGGACGUGAGCAGUUACUACUCGCUUCACUCUGAAUUUGUCACAUUGUUCUUCUGUGAUGGGAAAUGUAGACUGCCUUUUCCACGCCUGUCUUUCAAUCUGUGCCUUUUCCUCAUGGUUCAUUGCCAUACAGCCUUUCAGAGCGACUCCCGUGGCCGUGAGCUAGGAGCAAACUGUGCCUUGUACAUUUAUGUAUUUUCCAUCCAUUUCUACUUUUAACGUGAGUGAUUGCCAUUUUAUUAUUACAAUCAAGCCAAAUGUUUAUUAACAGUUCUGGAAUAAUAGAAAAUCACAGUCCUAUUGGCAAUCUUUUUUCUAAAGUGAAGGGAAAAGUGGUUUUCUAUCUUAAUGAUACGCAAUUUGUGUCCUGCCAGAAGUGUCAAGCCUACAAGAGCCAGUAUUUUCUAUCAGCUCCUCCUGGAGAAGCCAUAUUUAUUUUUAUUUAAAAUGCUUUCUAGUCUUAAACUGUACUCUGGCAAAAAGAGAUGUUAGAUCUGUGUCCUCUACGGAUCUUUUUUAAGCAUGUACCCCAUAUCCCAUCACAGAGUUUAUUUCUAGAAAUACAGAAAGACCCAUCCUAUCAUGCUGGAAUUCAGGGUCUAAUUGCUGGGCCAGUAGUAGCAAUAAUACUCACAAAUUUUGUACUAGAGAUAUUUGCAAGCGUGUGGGGAGGGAUUCAUUCUGGCCAGAGGAUGCCUCAUAGCCUAGGGUGAGGUUGCCCUCAUUCAGCAUCAGGGGCGGGUAGCAGCUGAGGAUGGAGCAGUCUCCCAAGCAUGGAGCCCAGCAUUAAGAGCAGUGCACAGGUGCACGCAGAUGAGGGUUUAGGGCAGGGGGAGAUGAUGAAGGCAGAGCCCAGAAUAUACUUCUGGAUGUACCCCACCUCUCUGCCAUGCAUAGGAGCAGACAACUCCACUGGACCUAGAGGGGAUUCCCUCUACCCCAAAGCUGUUUCUCACCCACAUUCCUAAGAAAGAGCAUGCCAUGAGUGCCCGUUAACCAUUUUUUAAUGUCUGCUUGUUAUGGGAUAUGGGGGUAGCACUGGGUGGUGCAUCAGCUCACAACACUAAGGCCCCUGGGUUUUAUUCAGUUGAAUCUGUGACCUUGAUUAAAUCUCAACCUCUCAAAACCUCAA